UUCGCCCUGGCGCCUACAGGUGUCGCUGCUCACUUUCUCCAGCCUCCCAUUGCUCGCCACUGUGUGUUGAUUGACAGCUGAGAGGGGUGGGACCAGAACGAGAGAGAAAAAAAAAUACACACAGCGAAAGAGACGGAGGAGAGAGGCGAAGUGCCGGAGCUUAGUCGCCUGCAAAUCCGUCGCCAUCCUGCGCACCGAGCUUCCCUCCCGACACCGGCAUCGCCUAGAAGUUUUCCCUAGAGACUCAUCCACUAGACCAGCAAGCAGAUCGGGAGAGGCGCAGAGAAAAAUUUCCCUACUAGAUGACAUUUCAUCGCAAUGUCCGAUCGUUUGGGGCAGAUAACCAAGGGAAAGGAUGGGAAAAGCAAGUAUUCGUCUCUCAACCUGUUUGACAAGUAUAAAGGGAAGUCAAUAGAAGCAGUCCGAACCACAGUUAUACCUAGACAUGGCUUACAGAGUCUUGGGAAAGUUGCCGCAGCCCGGCGCAUGCCCCCUCCUGCAAACUUGCCAAGCUUGAAAUCUGAAAACAAAGGAAACGACCCCAACAUUUUUAUAGUGCCCAAGGACGGAACGGGAUGGGCAAACAAACAAGAACAGCAAGACCAAAAGAGUUCCAGUGUGACAGCUCCUCCGCAGCAGGAGUCGCUGCCGCCGCAGGGUUUGCAGAAAUCUGUCUCCAAUUUACAGAAGCCGACCCCAUCGAUCAAUCAGGAGAACAUAAAUUUAGUGCCAGGUGGACCAAAAUCAUGGGCACAGCUGAAUGGAAAGCCAGCAGGACAAGAAGGUGGUUCAAGGGGCUCAAACCGACUGUUGUCCUUCUCUCCCGAGGAAUUUCCAACGCUGAAAGCAGCUGGCGAGCAAGACAAGGCUGGCAAAGAAAAGAGCGUCUUAGAUCCGUCGUAUGGGCCCGGACCAAGCCUCCGCCCCCAGAGUAAGCCCCUCGCCCUGCUUCCCGAUGUCACCAGUUGGAGAGACGGCGGUGGGAGAAGCAUCGCUUCCAGCUUAUCUCCGACCGCCUCUCCUACUGAGCCGGGCAGCAAAACGGCAGUACCGGGAGAAGGGCCCCCCUCUACAUCGCUUGCUAAUGAUACUAAAGAACUCUCGCUGCGCCCGGCUCAGCCCACCCGAAAAGGCCCUGCUCAGUUCAUGGGAAACACCUACCACCCACCGACUUACCAUGACAUGCUACCAGCCUUUAUGUGCUCUCAGCACCCACCAGAGCCUUCUGGGACAUUGGAUCGUACUUCCUUUCCCACCCUUAAUUCUCAGUCUCGCCUUGAACCUCGAGUCCCUUUUCGCCAAUUUCAGAUGAAUGAUAACGAAGGACGGGAGAGCAGGUUUCCCAUUGCACCCCCUCGUUCUGCACGACCCCCCCGCCCACCAGCCGAGCGCCCCCCAAGAGCCACCAUCAUCAAUGCAGAGGAUCUAAAGGAGCUGGAUGACCUUGAUAAUGAUGCAGAGGAUGGCUGGGCUGGUCUGCACGAUGAGGUUGAUUAUUCCGAGAAACUGAAGUUCAGUGAAGAUGAAGAAGAGGAGGACGGUGCUGCAAAAGAUGGCAGAAGUAAAUGGAAUGGUUGGGAUGGCAAAAGGCAGCGGCAGGUUUCCUUCAAUUCUACUGAUAGCGUGGAGGGAAAACAUCCAGCAGAUGAAGGAAAGGUGUGGAACGACACAUUGUCCCAUUCGCGUCCUGCAAGAAGAACACCGGAACCUGCGCCACAAGGGCCACGUAAACCCAACACUUGGGCUGCUGUGGCUGAUCAUCAGAAACCCCCUGCCCCUGCUGCAGUCCUGCGACAGCCCUCCAUAGAAGAGAAAGAUGAAAAGCUGCCCCAGAGGAAAAAUUUUGUCCAGUCCGAGAUCUCUGAGGCAGUAGAGCGUGCCCGCAAAAGGAGAGAGGAGGAGGAGAGGCGAAACCGCGAGGAACGGCUGGCUGCUUGUGCUGCUAAACUAAAACAGCUUGAUCAGAAGAACAAGCAGGCCCUGAAACCAUCGGCAGAUUCUUCCCGCCAGCUGGACAAUAAGGAGAAUGAAGACCCCCGUUCUCCUGUGUCAGACAGAAGCAACCCCCAGGAAAACGCACAUACUUUCAGAAGAGAAUACUCUCAGGAGUCCCCUUCUGAAUAUCCAGAGGAGGAGCCUUCUGGAACCCUAAAAGCUGAAACCAGCAGCGAAGAAGAAUAUGCGGAACCUACAUCCCCAGCACAAGAUUUCAGCAAACAUCAGAAACUGAUUCCACCCCGAUUCCAGCGGCAGCAACAGCAGCAGGAGCAGUUGUACAAGAUGCAGCAGUGGCAGCAGCAGCAACAGCAAGCCUAUGUGGCCUCCACUCAUUCCAACCCUCCCCGGACCUUCUACUCCCCUCACCCACAGAUGUUGGGCUUUGAUCCACGCUGGAUGAUGAUGCCUUCUUACAUGGACCCACGGAUGACGCAAGGCCGUGCGCCUGUGGACUUCUACCCUUCCUCCAUCCACCCUCCAGGUGUAAUGAAGCAUAUGAUCCAGCAGGAUUCAAUGAGCGGUUCUGGAAGUUGCCAUUCAGACGAACAGAACUGCCAGUCUGAGAGGAGACCUCAGUCAGCAGAACCGAUGUCUGGUUGGGGCCAGGAAAGCUACGUGCAAUUACACAGCAAGGCCUGCUCCCUGCCUCAGCAGAAACAGGCUGAGACUGCCGCAGUGGGGAGCUACAGUAGGAAUGAAAGUUCUUACUCAUCCGCAAGAGAGAAAUCAGAUGGCUCCCCUACCCACCCUGAGCCCUUAGAGAGGGAAGAGGAGUAUUUAUCUGUUUCUUAUGAAAAGAAAUCCACUGGGAGCUUUAGCAGUUGCAUUUCCCCUCAAAGGAGAGGACAGGACGCCUUGUACCAACAUCUAGAGAGCGGCAUAGAGUCUGGUGUGAACAGGGGGAGACAGAUGGCAGCCAGGGAUUCGUCCUCAAGAGGCUCUGAGUUUAUAAAGACUGAUAAAAAGCCACAGUUUAAUGGCUGGGGUUAUGCACCCCAUCAGAAAUCUUCCGAAACAGCCAGCAGAGCAGAAGAGGAUCUUUCAAAGGAGGACCUAUCUGAUGAACUGGAGCACUGGAAGAAGGAGGAUGGUGGGAGCAGCCAGGAUGGUACAGGAGAAACCUGCUGGAGAAGUGAAUCUGCAAAUUCCAACAGUCAGCAGCAAUCUGAGCAUCUAGGGAGAAGCCGUAGAUCUGGACCUAUCAAAAAGCCCGUCUUGAAAGCCCUCAAGAUAGAGGACAAAGAGCUGGAGAAAAACAAGGCAGAAAUUAAAGAGCCAGUAAAACCUUUUAAGGAAAAAAUUCUUCCAAAAACAGAGUGCGUUGUUAAGACUGAACCUGUUGUUUCAAGCCCUCCUCCCAGCAUGAUUGAAGUUAAAACUCCCCCUCCGCCUAGUCCUGUCCAGGAGACUGAUAAAUUCCCCCAAGAAAAAGCUGAAAGGAGUUGGGAGACCAAGCCUUUACGGGAAUCUAGUAGCACUUCUUUGCAAAAGAGAAGUGACUGGAUAUUCAUUGACGAAGAGCAAGCGUUUGGCGGUAGGACUCAAGGCCGUGGCAGAGGUAGAGGGUUUAAAGACUUUGGUUUCCGCAACCGAGGGGUCUCUGGCACUUACAGCGGGCAGAAGGUCAGCCGAGGUCGGGGUGUUCGAGAGUACAAUCCCCCUGAAGAUCUUAGGGGCAAGGCCUCCCGGAGGAGGAUUGCAAGCGAAACACACAGUGAGGGGUCAGAAUAUGAAGAGCUUCCGAAACGCAGGAGGCAGAGAGGGACGGAGAAUGGCAAUGAUCCUGCUGUACAGGAGAGGGAAGCUGAAGAUCUGCGAAAGGGGGACUUUCAGGAUUCAUGGAGAUCUAAUAGGAAUUAUUCAGACGAUCAGAAUAACACUGACUCAAAAUCAAGAGCUCCAAGAGCUUUUGGAAGGUCCCUUCCGCCAAGGUUGAGCAACAGCUAUGGUAGGAGACCAUUAUCCACCAAGGAGUCCUCUCACUGGCAAGCCAAGUCUGGGGGAUCGUCUUGGCAAGAGUAUGGGGCGCCAGCUGAAGCCUAUGGGAGUCGCCAUCAUGCAGACAGAGACUAUGCCCAUGACUAUAGAUACGCAGACUCAUUUCCUAGUAGGGGUUUUGAUGAAAGUCACGGAGAUGAGAGGAGGUCUUUUUUCCAAGAGGAAUAUUCAGACCGGGAUAGUUUGGAAAAGAGAUCUUUUGGCAGGCGAAGGCCCCCACGCCAAGACAAACCUCCGAGGUUUAGGCGUCUUAGACAGGAAAGAGACCCUUUGGGACAGUGGAGUGGUGAAGAGACAGUCGGCACUGGAAACAGCAGUGAACACUGGCAGUCUCGUCCUAGAGUCCCACUAAAUGACAAAUCUGGGCCGGUUCAUAGGAGGUCUCCAGAAAUGUCCCACCACAACUCUGAUCAUGUCACCGAAGACUGGGAAACUGCUUCAGAAAGCAGCGACUUCAGUGAAAAGAGGCCGGGGGAUAUGGAUGGAGAUGGGAGCCAGAGUGGCAGUGGGCUGUCUGAAAAACGAGAACUGUCCAAGAGAAGUUUCUCCAGCCAGAGACCUCUAAUGGAUCGUCAGAGUCGUAAAGUGGAGCCAUCAGGUUAUGAUGAGAAGCCUUCACGGGUCAGUGGGAGUUCCUCCCGCAAUGACUUCCAGAAGAGUUCUGGUCCUUUAAAGAGCAGCCGCUGCUCUGACGAUUCCUAUGGUGCAGAGAGCAGCCACCACCGUUACGCCAUGGACAGGUCUAUGCACUGCGACAGCGGAGAGGCGGGGAAGAAACAGGAAAGGGAUUCAAGGACGCCUGGUCUCAAAUCCAGUGAUAAAAAUGAGGUGAUCGGACAGUUUGACCUCAAAUAUGGAGAUUCCAUGCUUGAGGAAGAGUCCGAGGUCGGAGACAUUGGUAACAAGCCUCGUCGUGUGUUGGAAAAGGAUCGCCGGAAAAAGGACCAGGUGGUUCAGGUGCCGGCAAAGGGCAGCAGUAUCCAGUCUAGGAUUCCCCCUCGCUUUGCCAAAAAACAGAACGGCAUGUGCCUGGAUCAAGCCGACGUUACUGCCAAAGAAAUCUGGGAGAGCAGCGGCCAAGGAAUCUCUGUCCAGCCUGGCACGGAUACCUGGAGUAAACCUGUGAGCUCAUUUAGCACGGAGUCCAGCUCCACAGAGGGCUUUAAAGGCAGUCAAGGAGACAGUGGCAUUGACCUGAGUGCCGAGUCUCGGGAGUCGUCUGCUACAUCUUCACAACGCAGCUCUCCGUAUGGAACCAUGAAACCGGAGGAAAUGAACGGAACAGGUGUGGCAGAGCCAAAACCAGAUUGCCCUAAAGAACAAGGGCAAAAACAGUCUGAGAAAAAGGAUUCCGACCCUGGCUCGGGCCUAAAUAAAGAACAUAAACCUGGACCCAUUGGCAACGAACGCUCGCUGAAAAACCGAAAAGGAUCCGAGGGCACCGAACGGUUGGAAGGCGGCGUCCCCCCAGUCAAUGGAGUAGAGAUCCACGUGGAUUCGGUUCUCCCUGUUCCGCCUAUUGAAUUUGGAGUAAGCGCAAAAGAUGCAGACUAUGCCCUCCCUCCUGGUACUGCCACCGUUCAAGCAGCCAAUACUGUUACAAAGUUGCAGGAUGCUUUGGCCAGUAAGGCAGGGCUAACGCAGUCCAUCCCCAUCCUAAGGAGAGACCACCACAUGCAGCAGGGUAUGAGCCUAAACAUGUCCUACCCCACUGCGGAUCUCACCCUUAAGAUGGAGUCUGCCCGCAAAGCCUGGGAAAACUCGCCCAGUUUGCCAGAGCAGAAUUCGCCAGCAGGCCCUGGCUCAGGAAUUCAGCCGCCAUCUAGUGUGGGAGCCUCCACCGGGGUCAACUACAGCUCCUUUGGCGGCGUGUCAAUGCCACCCAUGCCUGUUGCCUCUGUCGCCCCGUCUGCCUCCAUGCCAGGAAACCACAUCCCACCCCUGUACCUUGAUGGGCACGUGUUUACCAACCAGCCGCGCCUGGUGCAGCAAACCAUACCUCAACAGCAAGGGUAUCAGCAGGCAGCAGCUGCCCAGCAGAUCCCCAUUUCCCUGCACACCUCCCUGCAGGCUCAAGCCCAGCUGGGUUUGCGAGGAGGCCUCCCCGUGUCCCAGUCGCAAGAAAUUUACAGCUCCAUGCAGCCGUUCAGGUCCCAGGUGUACAUGCAUCCAAGUCUUUCUCAGCCCAGUGCUAUGGUACUGACCAGUGGCACAGGCCUCAAGCCCCCAUACAACCCUUUCCCUGGCAUGCAGACACUGGAAAUGGUUAAAACCCAGCCCACGUCCCCUUAUCAGCCCCUGAAUGGGAGCCAGCAGCUGGUGUAUGAAAGCCAACUGAACCAGGCCUCCCAGAUGAUGGACUCCCAGCUCACACAGUUGACCAUGCCCAUGCCCGGCUCCCAGCUCCAGAUGCCCCGAUACAGUUCAGGACAGCAAACAAUGAUCUUACCACAGUCCAUACAGCUUCCCCAGGGGCAGAACCUGCCUGUAGGGGCUCCUCGGAGAAUGCAGCCUUCUAUGCUGACAAGCAGAGAGUCCUCCCAGAUGGAGAUGAAAAGCUUCCACUUUACAGACGGCAAACAGAACAUGCCGACUGCCAUGCAAGCACAGCACUCCUAUCGGCCGAGUUCAGCUAGCCCCAGUGGAAAGUCGCCCGGACCGGGGCCAUCUGCCAACUUGGGCUCUGUGCAGGGACACUACCCUCAACAGGUAAAACACAGAUCCGACGACAGCAAAGGCGGCCUGAGGUCCCCCAAAGUUCCCGAGCAGCCCUCAGCGAGUCCCAUGAAGCCGGCCAGGACGGGGGCCAUCAAGCCUCAAGCGGUGAAAGUGGAAGAGAGCAAGGCUUGAGAGGAGCUCCGUUGUGUAUAUAGAUAAGCUCUUACCUCCCAUCACAUCUCUCCACAUCUUGCUGUGCCCUUAGGAUUCUUCCUCCAUUGCCUCUGCAGUCACUCGGAUAAACCGGACUUUAGCCCCGUUCCCUUGAGGUGGGAAAGAACUACCUGUUGUCAUGACUUAAACGGACUUCUGUGUUUCACCGGAAGCAGCAUCCCUUUAUUGCCCCCGGCUUAUACCCCCGCCCUCUUCUCUCUGUGGCCAUGAACUCUCUCUUCUGCCCCAUACCUCUCUCUUUAGAUCCACAUAAAGCCACGGGGCAUCUUGGUUACAAUUCCUCAUUGGUGAUGCCCUCUCGCUACCCUUAUUAGGCCGGUAGCUCCUUGUUUUUAUAUAUUUUAACCCCUAUCCCCGUCCCGGUUUGUUUCUAUCGAUCUGCCCCGCAUCCCGUUACCGUUGGCCACGUGCCAGGACUGCUUUGAGGCCUUGGUUGUCAGACGUAUGUGGCGGCCGGCCCAUGUUCUUUGGCAUCGACGUGUCCUUUUUAAAGACUUCAUGAACUCAUCAGUAGCGUAUAACAUACUGUCCUGUUCUGGAUUAUUGGGUCUAUGAUGGCGCCACCCAAAGACACAGUCCCUUCUCCCCGCCCCCCCCCCCCUCUAACCCCUAAUGGUGAUUGUACAUAAGUCAGAGACUGGCAUGAAGCCAUGGUGUGCAAAUAAUGAACUUGUAAUGAGCUUUGUAGCGACCCGCAUGAUUCCGACCUAUUCUGUAGGCAAGUUGAACCAACACUGCUUUACGGACCAGUCCGUUGUGUGUUAUUAUGGGACAGACCCUCCAGUGUGUGCCCGGCUCCUGAUCACUGUAGAGCCAACGCCGACCAUCUUGUGUUCCACCAGUUAUGAGCACUUAAUAUAUACGGUUUGCACACACACUGACUAUCCAGCCUCUGGGUCUGUUCACUAACCAAUCGAAAGCGUCGAUCCAGGCAGUAGCGGUUACGGCUAGCCUUAGGCGGGGUACGUACCAGGCUUUGAGUUUAUAUAACACCGGCUUGCCGAACAGCGACAAUCUAAAGGCGCUAUGGGGUUUUUGCCGGUAGGCUAGGUCGGAGGGUCCCACGAGACCCCCUGUAGCUGUAUAGAGAGACCAUGAUAUAUCUAUAAAUAUUAGAGAUCCCAGCUUUUUAUUUCUGUUCCGCAAUUCCAUCAUUUAAGCAAAUAAUAACUAAUCAUAUCAGUAGUCGCGCACAGACCGUGAAUGACAGCCCCCCCCCAUCAAUCGCAGGCUGGUGGGGGUUACAGUUGAACUGGUAGCAUUAGGGACACUCUUCUUCAGCAGCCCCCAGGGUGACGACAUCUGUUGUGACAUCAUUCCAAACUGGCAUGAUGUCACAGCAGAUAGGCAAUCACAGCGAGGACGGGCCACUAUAAACAAUACCCCCCAGAACAUGGUUACUCACCCUGUUGCCCCCCUCCCCACAGCCGGAGCAACUCUGUAUAUACUGAAAUUACCAGAUUUACACACACACAGUACAGCCUCUGUACUUGCCCUCCCUUGGGGGCAAAUGUCCUUUCUGAUCUAUCCCAUAACUGCCCCUGGGCAUACAGACUUAGUCCCACGAUUGCCUUCCCUUAUGCCCGAUGCCACAGUCCAGCCGUAUCUCCGACUCACCCAGCCCCGACCGACUGUAACGUUUACCCCUCUCCCCCCCUUUGGUAUGUUUACCCCCCCCCCCCCCCCCCCCCCCCCCACGGACACUAGAACUUCUGUAUAUGUAUUUGAUGUUUGUAGAUCUAGGUAUACCACAAGGGCAAAAUAAUAAAUUGGAGGUUUAACAUCUUUUCUUUCUUUUCGAUACAUGGAAUAUAUUCUGCAAGGGAGGGGGGGGGGGUGAUACCCACAAUGCUUUGCUCUUGCCCUUAAGGUCCUGCAAGGUGCAAUAUCACUUUGUACCCCCACCUGUCCCCAAGAUCAGUUUGGGAUCAUUGUCAUGUGAUCAUGUAUGGAUGAAGUCGUAUUUAUGUGGGUAGUUAUCGCCCAAUGAGACUCUAGCUCUGUCUGAACCCCCCCCCCCCCCCCCCCCCCCCCCAUGCCUUACAUUUCCCCCUGCACCCAGUCAGAGGGGAGCAUUGUGAUUACUGUCAUCUGAUUGGCUCCCUGCCCAACGUAACAAUCUUGUAUAUAUGCAGUGUACAAGUGUGUGUGUAUUACGCGCUGUACCUUGCUUGGCGCUAGUAAUGUGUUUGUGUAUUUAUCCUCUUAAAGGGACGUUGCUGCCCCCCCUUCACCCAGAUUGGACUAUGUCACUCCUGCCUUUAAUGUCAGUUCUAAUUCAUUUUAGUGCUGCCCACUUCCACCAACUGUGGUUGCUUGUACCGAUCCUGCUCUGGUUCCCCCUAGUGGCACGGGCAGCACAUUACAGAAAGUGAUAUUGCACCUUGUAAGGAUUCUGUCACCAGUGGAUUGUGGUUCAUUUCUUAAUCCUACAAAUUAGAUUUUGGGGGGGGAAGAGGAGAUAGAUAUCAAGCCUUUUAUAUUUUUUUAACGAAUAAAUGACGAUAAAUCUUUUUACGUGACCCGACCGACUCGCCGCUCCUUCCCAGCUUGGGUGUCAGUGGGCACGCCGCUUUCCCCCGACCUACACCGAUAACCUGGGUUCCACACCAGCCCCCCCCCUCACACUAUUUUAUCCCCCACCCCCCUUCGGCUAUGUGAUUGUAAUAGCUCUUAUCAUCCGGAAGAAUUCUUCUCAUUUAAAUAUUUGAAAAAAAAAAAAAAGCAAAAAAAGUUAAAAAAUAAAAUAAAGCAAAAUAUGCUUUUCUCAAAA